UUUUUUUUCAAAAAGAUAAAUUAACCAAGGAUCCUUUUUUUCUCUCCCAUUAACGAAAAAUUUUGCUUAAUUUUACGUUAAUUACAUAAUUUAUAUGAAUAAUUUUUUUUUUGAAAAAAAAAAAAAUUUUUUGCUCCCUGACACGGAGCUCUGAUUCCGUUUUUAUACACAAUAAACCCAUUUUAUUAUUUAAUGAAUGAUACUUGGCUGAUUUUUACUUGUUCUAAAUGAUAUCAGUGAUAUUGACGUUAACAUAUUUUGUUAUUAUAACCUAUUAAUAUAUCUCGCUGCGCUUUUUUAAUAUUACGAUUCUAUUAGUUACGCAAUUUAGUUACAAAUAAGAAAUUCGUAUAAAUAGUUCAAAUGAAGCCUUUAAAUUUAUUUAAUUCCAAUUCGCAACCGUCUUUUGAAUCGGUUAAUAAUAACCAUUGGGAUCUUUUAGCAUCCUCCUUUUAUCACACUUUAUAUAAUUCCCUCCCUUUUCGAUUAUUAGUUUUAGGGAAUCAAAAUUUGUCAUCCAAUUACUAUAUAUAUUAUUUCUCUCCAAUAUAUACAAAUCUUAAACAAUACUCCAUAACAAAUUUAUUACUUGCCUAUACUCUUCCUCUUCUUUAUAUUUUCUCCCCAACUUUGAUUGUACCCGCAAUAUUUGUUCGUUCUUUACAAUUUUUUGCUUCCAAAACAGCUGCUAUAAGUAACAGUUUAACCUCAAAUAAAUCUCGUUCUUCAACACUCUUCAACCUGUCGUCCGCAAGCAGUUCCGGUUCUUCUUCCCCUCCCUCUUCUCAGAGGGGAGAUAACGGGGAUUCCAUUCAAGAUAUAGAGUAUUGGUUGCAAAGAUGCUCAAUAUGUUUUGAUGCCCAAUUGGAUUUUUGUUUGGAAGUUUGUCGAGACCAAUUCUGCAGAGAUUGUUUUCAAAGAUAUGUUAAAGAAGUUGUUCAUAAUUCUUGGGGCCUCAGCAUAACAAAAAUAAAAUGUCCUGUAUGUCAUGAAGUUGUACCCCAAUCUGAAUGGAGCAAGUAUGUGGAUCAAAAUACAAUUGACUUAUAUAAUAUGUACAAUAAACCAUACCGCUCUUUCUCUCGUUGUUGUUCUGGAUGCGGUGAAGAAGUCUUUGCUGCUCAAGUAUUUCAAGUUUGUUCUGAGGAAAAAGAAAAAUAUUUUAAAGAUAUUUCCAAUCAUCUUCGCAAAUUUUUGGAGACCUAUGGAAAUAUUAAGGGAUCUAAUACGGACAAUCAAUCUGAUACCGAUAAUUUUAUUACUAAAUUUGAAGCUGAUUAUUUAGUUUACAUUUCUGAAGAGAAUACCACCAUUGAAAUCAUGGAAAUGUAUGAACAUAUUACUGAGAAAAUGGGAAAAAUUCUUGGCUUGAGAUUUAACUUAAACAAAAAACGUCCUUUAAAAAAUUCUUCACAUCAUAAAUUAAAAACGCAUGCUGAUAUGGUAAAGGCUGCAGCAGAAAUUUCCUCAAAAUUUGUUGCAUUGGAAGUUCGGCCAGAAGCAUGGAGAGAAUUGCAAUUUAUGCACAUUUCUAAUUUUCCACAAUCCAAUUGUUCUAAAUGUAAAAAGGACAUUUGUCUUCAAUGUGGGGACCCUACUCAUCAUACAGGAAUGACAUGUAUUCAGUACAUGCGUCAUAAGGUGGCAAAUCCUCAUUUAUUUAUCACAAAUCAAUCUUUACUAUGUAAUGAUAAAAAUGACAUUACGGAUGCUCUUGAAAAUACUAAAUGGAAACUUGCAAAUUCAAAAUCUUGUCCGAAUUGUUCAAUAUUGAUCAAUCGUGAUGAUGGAUGUAAUAAAGUUGAUUGCUUGCAUUGUGGAUAUAGAUUUUGUUGGAUUUGUAGAAGUGGCUGGUCAGAGAAAUGCGGAUUUUAUCGAUGUAGGAUGGGUAAGCGAAAGAAAGGCAAAGAUAAACAAUCUGCACGUAAGCAGCAAAAUUCUUCACAACUUCAUAUUCAACAUGUUAAUAAUAAUGUUAGCGAAAUAUCACAAUUUGGAGGAUCUCGAGAUGAUGUAGAAAUGUCAGAUUCUUUUCAAACUGAAGAGGAAACAGAAUAUGAUUAUGAUGAAAAUGAUGUUGAUGAUGAGGCUGUUGUAUUGAAUGCAUUGGCUCAAAGUUUAGAUGACCAACCCGAAAUCGGAGUUCCUAAUGUUUUCUUGAUUCAAUCUAAAAUAACCCCAACUGAUUCAAAUUUUUAGAAAAAAAUUACAUAAUUACAUUUUUUAAAUACACAUCUCUUUUUUUAUUGAUUUUGAACAAAGCGGGAAAUCGGGCGUAGCGUUUGGGAAUACUUCUUUUUUUGGUUAUGAUUUUUUUUUUCUUUUGUGAUGUAUCUUUUUUUUCAAAUUAGAAAUAAAUAUAACGGGAAAACUUGGUUGGUAUAUAUGUGAAAUUUUUUUGAUGUAUAUGAUGUAUAGUAAUCUUUAUAAAUUUGUAUAUUUACUAUUUCUAUGCUUUUUUUUUUAUUGUUAAGGAAAUUAUUUAUAUUUCAUCUCCUUUUCCUGUUUUUCAAAAUAGAUGAUACAAAUUUCCAAAUGAAUGUUAUAAAUUAAAUGAUAAGUUGAUUUAUAUAUAGAGUUUGUAUUAUUUAAAUUAUU